AUGGAGUCUUACAAGGAGUUGACUUGUGAGUUUUUGGCAUCGAUGAGCAUCACAAGUUUGAUGAGCUCGAUCGAGCUGAGUUGGACCAAGGCUGGGGAUCAGGAGCCUGUGCUUGAGAUAUGUCCACAAGGCACUUGCCAACACCUUCUUUGCAAGGAAAGCCACUGGACAAUCAAUGAGGGAGAAGUGAAGCUCCUUGACAUGGGAAUCAAGCCCAUCAUCUCACGCACAAGGGAUGGGAAGAAGAUCAGAGGAGAUAGGCACACGCAGGGAAUCUCAUGCCUCUCCUUGAGCAGCUCCAAGCCUACAAGGUCACAGCUUACAACACUAGGCACCAAGAGGAAGAAAGCUUAG